AUAGAAUAACCCUAGUUAAUUAUCACCUACCUCAAAAUUAAAUCCCAGCCCAAACCUUUCAACUUACCUGCGCGGCUGCGCCUCCUCUCACGCAAACUGGAAGAACGUGGAGCUCAGGAGUCAGGACUUCGAAGAAUAGUAGGAAGGUCGAAGAACGAUUGACGAAGACGGAGUGGCGCCUGUGGUUACGACCAAGCGACAAAGACGCGAACACCAGGGCCCUGUGUCGGCCGUUCUUCCUCUCCCCGGAUCCGGCCCUGCCUGCGGACUGCGGCCUCUGCCUCCAGCUCCACUGCUCCAGGGGUCCGCUCAGUCCAGUUUCCAGCUUCAAGAUUACACCAUCAGAGCCAACCAGUCCACUAGUCUCUGGCAGAGUUUAUUAGUGGUGCCGAUCUAGUCCUCCGAAAUUCCGUCUUCUCAAGUAAUUGGCAAGAGUGCUACCAGUUAUGCCUUUCACAUGAACAAUACACGGUCCGCCCGAGCCUUGUCCAUGACGUUGGUCCAAAGUUGCUAGAGUUCCUCAAUUACUGCAUUGCUCUUUAUUCUUUUGGAAAGGGUACUGUUUGAAGAUCACAUUAGCUUCUCUUUGAGGCAUAUUGUCAAACUCCUGGUGCUCUGUAAAGACGAUUGAUAACUGGUCAAGAUGGAUGUCGAUGCUGAGCCUACAAUGGAUGAAACUAUUUUGAUCGAUGAAGAUCUAAUGGUGGGCCCACCAUCACCAAUCAUUCCACCAGAGAUAGCGUCUCAUGUUCUUGAAGGCAUUGAUACUUGUGAUGGGCUUUUAAGGAAUCUUUUCCUAUGCUUACAAGUCAAUGAUAUUGAACCAUUCUGUCAAGAUGAGAUUAUCAUGUAUCAACAAUGUGCAGAAAAAAGGGACAAGGAGCUAAGACAACGACUUCAAGAUAGUGAGCAUAAAUUAGGGCUGUCAAUGCCUCUAGAGAAAGCAAAAGAGCGAGCGAUCCAUCUAGAAUCUGAAGCUACCUCUCUAGAGAGACGCUUUAUAUUGGCAAGUGGAGUUGAAGGCAUGGAAGGAUUUCGACAGAGGUGGAGUCUCCACGGUCGCAUGACUGAUACCAAGAAAAGGCUAGAGUCUCUAAAGCAGGGUAUAGAGAGUAGAAGAAAGGAUGACAAGCCAACUGGAAAUACCUUCACCAGCAACAAGUGGUUCUUCUGGUGAUCUGCGAUGCACAGGUAUAAAGAUAUUGAGCCAUGCUAUGGUAUCUGUGUAUCCGAUGAUAUCUGAGACCAAUUUUUAUAGAUACACAAACAGUAUGAAUCAGGACCGUACCAUGUGAUACUCAUAUGCUUAGCCCAAAGCAUGUAUGUAAGCUAUCCCCCCC